GGUGAAAGGUCUGGGGGCCUCCAGUAGCCACACAUUGCUCCCCUAAGUUCUGUCAGGCAGAGAAACAAAGGCAGAAGACUUGUAGACACAUCCACAGCUUCACCCAGCUUUGCUUUGGGUACCUAGUUCCUCCUCUUGGAGGCCUGGGGAGGCCCAUGGCCCCAGCCACACCCAGAGAAGCUUGUGAGAAUUUGAUGUGCGCUGGAGUGGUCCUGAGAGGCCCAGGCCCAACCAGGGUCCUGUGGCAGGCAAGAGCGGGUGGGGUAUUGUGGACAGGAAGCGGAAGUGUUGGGUCGAUAACCCCGAGCUGCAGUUGAGAGCGCUGGAGCUCACUUCUCAACACAUCUAGAGCCGGAGGUGGGCGCCCCGUGAGGAGCCAGCAGACCGAUGGCUCUAUCCUGUGCCCUUGGGCUUGGGAUGCUGCUGGCCCUGCCAGGAGCUCUGGGCUCUGGGGACGGCGCAGGCUCCCGCUCUGUAACAGUCGUCCUACUGCUGCUGCUGCUCCUGCUGCUGAUCACCGGCCUGGCCCUGGCCUGGCACCGCCUCAGCCGUGACUCAGGGGGCUACUACCAUCCGGCCCGCCUGGGCACUGCGCUGUGGGGCCAUACCCGCCGCCUGUUCUGGGCCUACCCUCCAGGCCACUGGCUUCAGACCCGCUUUGGGUUGGGGUCAUCAGACAAUGCAGAAGAGCAAGAAGAUGUGCAGGACGCAGAAGAUGUCGUGGGUGGGGUCGUGGAGGAGGCUGAACCCCAGGAAGAUGAGCAGCACUGCAGAGCAGGAGCCCACCUGGAACAGGCCCUGGGGUGCACUGAGGAGGCACCCGACACUGAUGCUGAAGCAGGCUCAGGAGGCAGUGCUGAGGCCCUGCUGAGUGACCUGCACGCCUUCUCAGGCAGUGCAGCCUGGGAUGACAGCGCUACGGCACCAGGAGCCCAGGAUCUCCACGUCACUGCACUUUAGGAACCAGCCUUGGUGUCCCAGCCCUGGUGCGGCAUCUCACUCUAUCUCUGCUUCCCAAGCUGCCACAGUGGAACACAGCUGCCUGGGACCUGUUCUCAUCACCCCAACCCUCACAUGGAGCCCCUCAGACAGUCGACCCCCCACCGGUUCCCAAGCCUGUGCAGCCCCAUCCCCUCAGAAGGCCACCCACCGCACGUGCCCUGGGCAGCCAUUUGAAAUAAAUCCCUUCCCACCCCGCA